UGCGCGUUAUGUAUCGGCGCACUACGAAAGGGCACCACCUGCGUCUACAUACCGUCACGUCACUAGGUUGUAAGCAGUGAUGUUAGCUCGUGUGGUGUAGUAUUGACGCCUUUUUCAAGCUCUACCGGUGUUUUAGUGGUUCGGCGACAAUUCCGUGCAUGUGGUGCUGGAAGUCUCCCACAACGUUAGUUCCUCGUGAUAACUUACAGUUGUUAUGAGUUUAAGGUCAAAACUCGCCAUGCAAAAGUGUUUCCUGUGAUUGUCGGCUUUUUAAAAAGCAGAUAGUUACAAUUCUUUCUAACCUCCAGCAGUAUCUCAACCACCUGGACAAUGUCUUAAAGGCGUGUGGCUAUGAAUACUGUGACGAUAACAGUAGCUCGCGAGCGACCGGUUUCGAUUGAUGACAGUUUAACAGUCAUGUCGUUAGAGGAAACUCGACGCACACAGCGACCAUACCGUUACGGUAUGAUGCUGUUAUGCGUAGGCGCCCUAGUCAACUGGUUGGGACUAGCAGAAAACUACUCGGAACCAGUGAGGUAUGCUGGUGUAGCCUGUAUUUUAGCCGGAGCCUGCCUUAUUUGCACUGCCAUGUGUUGCUGGUUGCACACUCCAAAUCGAGCUGGAUCGGGCGAUGAGAAUGACGACGGAGUACAUCGAAAUAGUGCAAACGAUGAGAGACGACAAGAAAAGCCCCCCGAUUACGACACAGUUGCUGUAGCACCACCGAGCUACGACGAUGCGAUUAAGUUAGAUCCAGCAGCGCUUCUUCGCCUAUCACUAGCUUCGAAUGGCAUAAACGCGCCAAGCCAACCCUCCGGCGAUGACCAAACGUCGACAUCUCGUCCCAGCUCGUCUUAUAUGUCCACCGUUGGCCACCAACUCCGUCAAGACAGUGGAGUCAGCGAUCCAUCGCCACCAGAAUCUCUUAAACGAUGCUCGGUGAGCGUUAUUGAUGAGAAAUCGUGUCCGGAGAAACCACCUCCGUAUGAAGAAUCGACGAUUUCUAGUUCAGCUUUUCAAAUUCGACGUAACAGCCUGGCGACACCAACCACCAAUUGAUUGUUUAGUGUCCCUUUGUGAAACUUGAGACAGGUGCUCACACAGGCACAUGAAAACGCAACCUAAUCAGGCAGUGAUUUGAUAGUAAUGGCUGUGUUUUUACUACUUAAAUUGUAAGCUAUUGUAGAAUAGCUGAAGGAGCAUAGGGCAAGGAAGAAAUCGAAAGAGAUUGGCACAGGAAGACAACGAGUUUGACAGUAUUAAUGGAUGCCAUAUACCUCUGACUGACCAAAUGGGCAACCGAAACUCCUACACGCUCAUGAGGCACGAGCGUCGGAAAUGAAGCGCGUAUUUAAAUGCCACAAGCACCUUAAAAUCGAUGUAAGUAGGAAAUAUUGCGUGAGAAGCGCCGAGCAUAGAGCAUAAAUGUAAAUACUGUAAAUGGAUGAAAAUACAUGUACAUAAUUGAAAAUCUGUA